AUGUCCACACCCCUCUCAGACCCCCAAAAUGCCGAUCGCGCAACCCCAACAAUCGAAGCCGCAAAGGCAACUCUCCACAUAGGCAGCUCAAUCUUCAUCGCCGCCCCCUCAACAGCAGUCUGGGCCGCCCUAACAGACACCUCGACUUGGCCCUCCUGGAAUGAGUUCAUCCCCCGAGUAACCGUUACUUCCCAACCAGCCAAGGACGACUCGACCACCGAGCUCUCACCCAUCCUACAUAAGGGCACCAAAAUGACCUUCCACGUCCGCAUGGACCCCACCUCUGACAAACCUCAAAAAGCAAAUGAUACACAGCUCAUGGUUACCGAGCUUGAGGCGCCGAAUCCUGAGACGAAUACACCUGGUCGGAUCGUUUGGGUUUCGGACUCUGAGGCGCCGGGCGGGUUCUCGCCUAGUUUGCUCACUGCGGAAAGAGAGCAUGAGAUUAAGGAAGUGGAGGGGGGAUGUGAGGUCAGGAAUUGGGAGAAUCAGAUUGGGUGGCUUGUUUAUGCUGUUAAGUGGAUGUAUGGGAAGAGAUUGGAGGCGAACUUUGAGUUGUGGGUUCAGGAUUUGAAGAGAUUCGUCGAAGAGAGCCAGUAG